AUGGCGGUGACAACAUGGGAAGCGCAGCCCGCCGAGUCGUCGAGCGCGGGUGCGGGACGGAGGACAUGGCCGCGGUCGAGCGGGAGCAGGCGGAGGACAGCACAGCGGAGGUCGACGCCGCGGCUCACGCGGCGCGCGGACACGGAGGGCAGCGGUGGCGCGGACGGGAUCGUCAUACCCAUGGGCCUCGACGGCGAUGGCGUGCAAGAAUCGGUGUACACGCUCCCCAUCUCGCUCGGACCGGACGACCAGCAACAAUCUUUCCAUCUCCAGGUCGACACCGGAUCUUCAGACUUGUGGCUAGCGGCGAAAGCGUGCACGGACAGUAUAUGCCAGAAGACGAAGUUGUACGAUCCAUCGUCCGCUACACCUACGGGCCAGGAUUUCGGGAUCCAGUAUCUGCAGGGUAAUGCGACGGGGCCGAUAUACUGGGAUCAGCUGGACAUGGGCGGGUACAGCAUCAGCCAACAGGCGCUCGCCGCCGUCGAAUCGCUCGAAUCCGAACCGCUCGACAGCGCCUAUUCUGGCGUGCUGGGCCUAGCGCUCCCGCUCAACUCGAUAAUCGAGCAGCUGAUCCCAGCGCAAGACGGCAACACAGCCGACGGCGCGACCUUCGCGUCCAACCUCUUCGGCAUAACGCCCGCCUCCGACGCACCCGCCGCGCGCUUCCUCUCCCUCGCCCUCGAGCGGCCGGGCAUGGACGACAUCCCCUCGCUCUUCGGCAUCGGGCGCCACCCGUCCGCGCUCGUGCCUGACCCGUCCAAGAUCAGCUACACGAGCCUGGUGCGCAACAGCGCGGGCGUGUACUUCUGGGAGAGCAUCGUGCGCGGGAUCGACGUGUAUGUGAACGGGACGCAGAGGCCGAUAUCGCUGCCGAGGAGCACGAGCGGGUCCGCGUUUCCGAAUGCGGUGCUGGAUACGGGCGUGCCGUAUAUUUUGGCGACGACGGAUAUUGCGAAUGCGAUAUAUGGCGCGUUGGGGAUCGGGCCGGCGCAGGAUGGGAACUAUUACGUGCCCUGCACGACGCCGAUCAACAUGACAAUAACGCUCUACAACAUCCCCGAACAGCCACUCCACCCUCUCGACCUCACCUACGCCGUCGACUCCUCAUCCUCCUCCUCCUCUAGCUCCUCCUGCCUCGGCGCAAUCCAAACCGCCUCCGGAGCUUUAGACGCCAACACGCACGUCGCGGACCUCAUCCUCGGCGUGCCCUUCCUGCGCAACACGUACACCGUGCUCGCGUACGAUCAACCCUAUGCCAACGGCACGUUUCCCAAUAUGACGGGCGAGGACACGAAUCCGCAUUUGGGGAUUAUGAACCUGUUGAAUGUGACAAGGGCGCUGGAGGAGUUUGAGCAGGUGCGCGUGCAGGGGAAGCCGCUUACGGGCUCUUUCCCGACGGCGGCGGCGGCGGCGGAGGACGACGCGCAUGGGCUGAGCGUGGGGAUUAAAGUCCUCAUCGGCAUCCUCUGCUUCUUGGGCCUCUGUGCAGCGCUGUUCGGCGUCGGGUUUUGGAUUAUGAGGCGGCGGUGGCGGAAACGCGUCGCGGCGGAGGAAGCGGGCGGAGGGCUGGGCGAGGGCGAUAGGAAGGAUGCAGGAGGCAUGGAGUUUGGAGAGCUGAGGAAGCGCCCGAGUUAUCGCGGGAUGGUCGCGAGCAAUUAUACGGACGACUCGGCGCGGACGAGAGUGGGCGCUGAUGGGACGUACCACGAUAAGACGCUCACUGGGGACGGAGAGAGCGGGAAGGACGACGUGGGCGGGUUUUUGAAUCUUGAUCCGUGGGAUACGUCCGGCUGGCGGACGACCGUCACGAGCGAUACGGUCGAGCGUAUGGAUGGCGGAGCAAGCGGUGGAGGAGCGUCGUACGAUCCGCCGCCGGGGAUGAUAUACGAGCCGUAUCAGCCCGUUGCGGUCGACAGUCCUACGACUGCGACGCUUCCUGUGCCCGACUCGCCCGAGAUUGGAAGGAGCCAUGUGAGGAGCGCGAGUGGGGGGCCGGGCGUGACGGAGCCGCUUAUGAAGCAUCGGGCGAGCCAUAGUUCGGGGUCGAAUGGCGGUGGUGGGGAGGGUGUGGGUGGUGUGGGCGAGAUGGGCGAGCGCGGGGCGGGCAAGGGCGAGAGGGGUAGUAUGGUCGGGAUCGGAACUGCAAGUCGGAGUGGACGCUCAGCGAGUCGGACGAGGAGUAUGCUCGUCGAUAUUGGGAAUGGCACGCCAUCGCCUAUGCACGGCUCGUUCGAUCUCGCCAAUAACCCUUCGUCUUCGUCCGGUGUCGGGCCGAGGAUAUCGCCUUCACUCAGCAGAGGACGACCACUUGAGAGUCCGAGACCUGGAUCGCUCGCGGACGGGCCGGGAGUUUAUAUGCCGCCCGCGGCGAUCAUGGAGGCAAACGAUUAUGAUUUCCUUGCGAGGAGGAGCAGGGCGUUCGAUUUGCAGGAUCCGCCGGCGGGGAGUAAGAGGGGGCGCAAGACGUAG